AUGUGGAGGCUGAAGAUAGGAGAAGGAGGCACUGACCCGUACCUUUGCAGCACUAACAAUUUCUUGGGAAGACGGACAUGGGAGUUUGAUCCUAAUGCAGGCACCCCUGAAGAGCGAGCUGAGGUUGAAGAAGCUCGCCAAAAUUUCUACAACAAUCGAAACCACGUCCAGGCCAGUUCUGAUCUCUUCUGGCAAAUGCAGGCCAUAAAAGAGAAAAACUUCAAACAAACAAUACCCCAAGUAAAGAUUAAGGAUGGUGAGGAAAUCACACGUGAAACAGCUACAGCCGCAUUAAGGAGAAGUGUUCACCUGUUGUCAGCCCUGCAAGCAAGUGAUGGCCACUGGCCUGCUGAGAAUGCUGGUCCAAUGUUCUUUUUUCCUCCUUUGGCCAUGGCUUUGUACAUUACAGGGCAUCUUAACACUGUAUUCUCAGCAGAGCAUCGGAGAGAAAUUCUCCGUUACAUAUACUGUCAUCAGAAUGAAGAUGGUGGGUGGGGAUUACACAUAGAGGGUCACAGCAUCAUGUUUAGCACUGCUCUCAGCUACAUUUGCAUGCGUUUGCUUGGGGAAGGGCCUGAUGGUGGCCAAGACAAUGCUUGUGAGAGAGCAAGAAAAUGGAUUCUUGACCGUGGUGGUGUAACAACCAUACCAUCUUGGGGAAAAACAUGGCUAUCGAUCCUUGGUCUGUUUGAGUGGUCUGGCUGCCAUCCCAUGCCCCCAGAGUUUUGGGUCCUUCCUUCUUAUUUCCCCGUUAGUCCAGCAAAAUUGUUGUGUUACUGUCGCGUGACUUACUUGCCUAUGUCGUAUUUAUAUGGGAAAAAAUUUGUUGGUCCAAUCACACCUCUCAUCCUACAAUUGAGAGAAGAACUCCAUAUUGAAUCAUAUCAUCAAAUUAAUUGGAGCCAAAAGCGCCAUUUAUGUGCAAAGGAGGAUCUUUACUAUCCCCAUACUUUGAUACAAACGUUACUAUGGGACAGCCUUUACACAUUUACAGAGCCUCUCGUUUCUCGAUGGCCCCUUAACAAGUUGAGAGAAAAGGCUCUCCAAAUAACAAUGGACCAUAUUCAUUAUGAAGAUGAAUGCAGCAGAUACAUUACCAUUGGAUGUGUGGAAAAGCCUUUAUUCAUGCUUGCUUGUUGGGUCGAAGAUCCCACCGGGGAUUAUUUUAAAAAGCACCUUGCUAGGAUUGCUGACUACUUAUGGGUUGCAGAAGAUGGAAUGAAGAUGCAGGGUUUUGGAAGUCAAGUUUGGGAUUCUGCUUUUGCUAUUCAACUUUUGCUUGCCAGUGAUCUUACUAACGAAAUUGGACCUACACUUAUGAAAGGACACUACUUCCUGAAGCAUUCUCAGGUCAAGGAUAAUCCUCCUGGUGACUUUAAACGAAUGUUCAGACACAUUUCUAAAGGAUGAUGGACCUUUUCUGAUCAAGAUCAUGGAUGGCAAGUUUCUGAUUGCACUGCAGAAAGUUUGAAGUGUUGCCUAUAUUUCUCUAAGAUGCGACCGGAAAUAGUUGGUGAGAAAAUGGAACCAGAGAAAUUCUAUAAUGCUGUCAAUGUUGUAUUAUCAUUACGGAGUGAAAAUGGUGGCUUCACGGGAUGGGAGCCAGCAAAAGCUGGGUUAUGGAUGGAGUGGCUCAAUCCUGUGGAGUUUCUUGAGGACAAUGUCAUUGAGCAUGAGUACGUGGAGUGCACGGCGUCCGCAAUCCAUGCACUAGUUCUUUUUAUGGAGUCUUACCCUGGUCACCGGAAAAUAGAGAUUGAGAAAUGCAUCAGCAAAGCUGUUCAGUACCUUGAAAACACACAAAAGCCUGAUGGUUCAUGGUACGGUGGUUGGGGUGUUUGCUUCAUUUAUGCAACAUGGUUUGCACUCGGUGGUUUAGCUGCUGCUGGCAAGAGUUACAACAAUUGUCUGGCCGUGCGUAAAGGACUCGAUUUUCUACUUGAAACACAAACAGAUGAUGGGGCUUGGGGAGAGAGCUAUCUUUCCUGUCCAAACAAGGUAUAUACACCUCUCGAAGGAAAGAGGUCAAAUUUGGUGCAAACUGCAAUGACCUUGAUGGGUUUAAUUCACGGAGGACAGGCAAAACGAGAUUCUAAUCCCCUACAUCGUGCUGCAAAGCUUUUGAUCAAUUCUCAACUACCAGAUGGUGAUUUUCCCCAACAGGAAAUGACGGGAGUUUUCAUGAGGAAUUGCAUACAACACUACGCAUCAUAUAGGAAAAGUAUCACAACCUGGGCCCUGGCUGAAUAUUGCAAGCAUGUUCCAUUGCCUUCAAAAAGCAUUUGA